AUGGCCACGCGUCGCUGCGGAACUCGCCUCGAUCCGUCCCUUAAACUUUGCCCGGCUCCUUCCCGCGCACUGACCGGCUCCCUCUCCUUCUCCGCCCAGGUGAACGACCCCUGUUCCCCCACCAAACCCGCGGCUCCUUUCUCGCCGGAAAGCUGGUACAGGAAAGCUUACGAGGAAUCCCGGGCCGGCCACCGCCCCGCCCCCGAAGGCGCCGGCUCCGCUCUGGGCUCCUCCGGCACCCCUUCCCCUGGAUCGGGAACCUCGUCGCCCGGUUCUUUCACCGGCUCGCCCGGCCCCGCUUCCCCGGGGAUCGGCACCAGCUCGCCCGGCUCGCUAGGGGGCUCGCCGGGCUUCGGCACCGGCUCGCCCGGCUCCGGCAGCGGUGGAGGCUCCUCGCCGGGCUCCGACCGAGGCGUCUGGUGCGAGAACUGCAACGCCCGCUUGGUGGAGCUGAAGAGACAGGCGUUGAAGCUGCUCAUGCCGGGGCCCUACGGCGGCGGCGGCGGCAGCAGCAAUAAGGAUCCAGCAUUUUCCUCAGCAAUUCAUGACAAACUACAAGUGCCCAACGCUACCCGGAAGGCAUGGAAUGAGAGAGACGACCGGUGUGAUGUGUGUGCCACUCACUUGAACCAGCUGAAGCAGGAGGCUGUUCAGAUGGUACUGACACUUGAGCAGGCUGCCAACACUGAACAUGGUGAUGCUUCUCCUGGCUCCCCUCCUCCCCUUCCCAGUAUUCCCACCUUAGUGGGUUCUCGACACAUGGGCAGCCUGCAACCCAGAGACUGGGCAUAUAUGUCUGCUCCUUAUGCUACUUCCAAUUAUGCUGGCUUUCUACCUAACAAGCUUAGUGGGAAAUCGAACAACGUAGGGACCGUUAAUGGGGCAGAGAAGAAAAAUGGUUCCUUGGGACAUCAGACAAAGGUCAGUGUACAGAUGGCCACCAGUCCAAGCAACGGUAACAUCCUGAAUUCUGUGGCUAUCCAGGCUCAUCAGUACGUUGACGGCAUCUGGUCCUUGUCAAGAACAAAUGGGGUUACUUUGUAUCCAUAUCAAAUUUCCCAGUUGAUGACCGAGACUGGCCGAGAGGGAUUAACUGAAGCUGUAUUGAACCGCUACAAUGCAGACAAGCCUUCUAUGUAUAGCUUUCCUGCCUCCCAAAGCACCUGUGUGGCCACUGAUACAUCAACAGGAACCUCAGUAGCAGCGUCUUUUUUUGCCAGAGCUGCACAGAAGUUGAACUUGUCGUCCAAGAAAAAGAAACAUAGACCUUCUACAUCCUCUGUUUCUGAAUCUCAUCUGUUUACUACGAAGUUUAGCACUAUCCUGCAGACUUCUCCUCCACCUGCUCCACCAUGUUUGCUGAGAGCUGUCAACAAAGUGAAAGACACUCCUGGUUUGGGCAAGGUGAAGGUCAUGGUGCGCAUUUGCUCCACGUUGGCCAGGGACUCCUCUGAAUCCAGCUCCUUCUUAAAGGUUGAUCCUCGCAAGAAGCAAAUAACCUUAUAUGACCCCUUGUCUUGUGGAGGUCAGAAUGCUUUCCAAAAAAGAAGCAGUCAAGUGCCACCCAAGAUGUUUGCCUUUGAUGCUGUUUUCCCUCAGGAUGCCUCUCAGGCUGAAGUAUGUGCAGGAACCGUAGCUGAAGUGAUCCAGUCUGUGGUGAAUGGUGCAGAUGGAUGUGUAUUUUGCUUUGGCCAUGCCAAACUAGGAAAGUCCUACAGUAUGAUUGGAAAAGAUGACUCAAUGCAGAACCUCGGCAUAAUCCCCUGUGCCAUCUCUUGGCUUUUCAAGCUGAUUAAUGAGCGGAAAGAGAAGACAGGAGCCCGGUUCUCUGUCCGCAUCUCAGCAGUAGAAGUGUGGGGGAAAGAAGAAAACCUGAGGGACUUGCUGUCAGAAGUGGCAACAGGCAGCCUACAAGAUGGCCAGUCUCCAGGUGUCUACCUUUGUGAGGACCCGAUCUGUGGGAUGCAGCUUCAGAAUCAAAGUGAACUCCGAGCUCCCACUGCAGAGAAAGCUGCCUUCUUCCUUGAUGCAGCCAUUGCCUCACGCCGAAGCAGCCAACAAGAUUGCCGGGAGGAAGAUCAUAAGAAUUCUCACAUGCUCUUCACAUUGCACAUCUAUCAGUACCGAAUGGAAAAAAGUGGCAAAGGGGGAAUGUCCGGAGGCCGUAGCCGCUUACACCUUAUUGACUUGGGUAGCUGUGUUAAACCCCUCAGCAAAAAUCGUGAAGGAGGUUCCGGACUCUGCCUCUCAUUGUCUGCAUUGGGCAAUGUCAUCCUUGCCCUAGUCAAUGGCAGCAAGCACAUUCCAUACAAAGACAGCAAGCUGACCAUGUUGCUUCGGGAGUCCCUCGGGAACAUGAACUGCCGUACCACCAUGAUAGCUCACAUUUCGGCAGCUGCAGGGAACUAUGCUGAAACACUUUCCACCAUCCAGAUUGCAUCCAGAGUCUUAAGAAUGAAGAAAAAGAAAACAAAGUACACAUCAAGCUCUUCUGGGGGAGAAAGUUCUUGUGAGGAAGGGAGAAUGCGGAGGCCCACCCAGCUGAGACCUUUCCAUUCUCGGAACGCUGUUGAUCCAGACUUUCCUAUUCUUCACUUGUCAAGUGACCCUGACUAUUCUUCUAGCAGUGAACAGUCGUGUGACACUGUCAUUUAUGUUGGCCCUAAUGGCACAGCUCUCUCAGACAAGGAGCUAACAGAUAACGAAGGGCCGCCUGACUUUGUCCCCAUCGUUCCUGCCCUUCAGAAAAUGAAAAAUGAAGGCAAGCUAGAGGAAAUGAGUGAGACAGCCCCCUGCACCUCUGAGAGAGACUGCCUGAAAUGCAAUACAUUUGCGGAACUUCAGGAGCGGUUAGAUUGCAUUGAUGGCAGUGAGGAGACAGACCAGUUUCCUUUCGAAGAGCUGCCUGUUCAGUAUAGCUCAGACCAAGCAACGAAGUGCCCAGGGUCAAGCCAAGUGACAGAGCCCAGCAAUACAUCAGAGACAGACAAGGAAGAAGGCCUGCUGAGCUGCCAGGACACUGAUGAAUAUGUCAGGGAAAACCUAAAUGCAACAGCCAACAGAAUUCAAGGAAAUCACUCCCCUGUCCACUCUGGGGUACUUAAUGAGAUUUCCACUCCUCCCUCCCCCAGGAGUGUUACAGGCAGCCCUAGUAACCAAAUGACCUCUUCCCAGCAAUCUCAUUGCACAGACCUGCAAAGCAGCCGAGAAAGUCUCAACACCUGUGGCUUUGUAGAAACCAAACCUCGCUGUAUGGGCUCACCACGGCUUGGCAUUGCAAGCCUCUCCAAGACAUCAGAGUAUAAGCCACCCACUUCUCCUUCACAGAGGUGCAAGGUGUACACCCAGAAAGGGGUCUUACCCAACCCUGCGCCUCCACCAUCAUCACUAAGCAAAGAUUCGGGGAUGGUGUCCAGUGAGUCUUUGAUGCAACCAGAGAUCCGCACCCCUCCCAUUGGAAUGAGCCCACAGAUCAUGAAAAGGUCACUGUCUUCCAGCAGCUGCAAUUAUGAAGAGAUGAUGGAUAGCGCAGAGCAAGAACAACGGUCCCCAGAGUCAAAGAAGGAGAUUUUGAGCACCACCAUGGUCACAGUCCAGCAACCAUUAGAGCUGAAUGGGGAGGACGAGCUGGUAUUCACCCUAGUUGAAGAGCUGACCAUUAGUGGGGUUCUGGAGAAUGGACGGCCUACAAGUAUCAUCAGCUUUAACAGUGAUUGUUCUGUGCAGGCUUUGGCUUCUGGGUCCAGGCCAGUUAGCAUUAUCAGCAGUAUUAGUGAAGAUCUUGAAUGCUAUGCCAGUACAGCUCCCGUUUCGGAGGUUAGCAUUACUCAGUUUCUGCCCCUUCCAAAAAUGGGCCCGAGCAACAAAGCCGAAGAAGAUGAAAGCAGACGCUCAUCUAUCAGUUCCUGGCUGAGUGAGAUGAGCACUGGAAGUGAUGGGGAACAGUCCUGCCACAGCUUCAUAGCCCAAGCAUGCUAUGGUCAUGGGGAAGCAAUGGCUGAAACCAAUGCUCCUGAGCUUGCUGAGCUUGGGGAGAAUAAUAGUGCUGCUUGUAUAGGUGAUAAGCAAAAGCCAGCGACAGAGAAUAUAUUUCUAUUACCCGAGGUGGCUGAUGAAAGUAUUAAUAAAAUGUCAUCCAUCAAAGGUUGUAAAAUAUCAGCCCUAGGAAAGACUACAGUCACAAUAUCAAACACUGCGGGCCUGAGCAGCUGUGAAGGCUUCAUUCCAAUGAAGACCAACAUCACCGUCUAUCCUUGUAUUGCUGUUAGUCCCUUUAAGGCACAAGGGACUCAUGAGGCUAUCUCAGCUGUCACAUCACCAGCCAGAGCUCCCCAUCCUCAAGAGGUAAAAGAAUCCAGUGUAAGGAAAGAGAUCAAAUUUGAUGAUCCUUGGCUGAAGAGGGAAGACAGUGUAAAGAAAGAAAAUGGCGGUCCAAAGGCCGAGGUUGUACCUGACCAAAGUAAGAAACAGAACUUGGCAGACAGAUUUAGUAGCAGCAGUGGAGAUACCUCUAGCUCUCCAGGAACAGAAAACCUGAGAAGAGUUGUAGAUGGAUGUGAAAUGGGACUGCCCAGUUCUGGAACCCAUAGCCCAGUUCAUUCUACCGAGAGCUUUAAAAACGGGAGCCUCACAAGGGCACUCCAGAAGACCAGCAAGCAAGAGGAACUGGAUUUGGCGUCCUCUCCUUAUCUUGAAGAGAACAAUGUAGUUGGCUCUCCGGUUUUAUCUCAGACCUCAAAAGCUAGCCUGGAAAGAAGAAUUGCUUCCCCUAAGCACUGUGUUCUUACACGUCCAAAAGGAAACCCUCCACUGCCUCCUGUGAGAAAAUCAAGCCUUGAUCAAAAGAACAGGGCCAGCCCUCAGCACAGUGCUUGCAGUAGUAGCACCAACAGCCCUUCAAACCAACCAGUAUCUUUUCUGGCUAGUUUUAAUGAUGACCUGAACGGGAAACAAAAGGGUGCCACUACAGAGAAUAGUACUAAUAGCAGUAGUAAGUUAUUUAGUGCCAAACUUGAACAGCUGGCUAGCAGAAGUAAUUCCCUAGGAAGGCCCAGCGGGAGCCAUUAUGAGUGCCUGUCCUUGGAAAGGGCAGAGAGUCUCUCCUCUGUGAGCUCCAAGAUGAGUCCUGGGAAAGAUACCACAAUGCCAAGAGCGGGAAGGAGUCUCAGCCGCAGUCUAAUGUCCUCACCAACAAACUCGGCCAUUUCUCAAUCGGCAGGGGCUUCGCCAAAGGCCAGUCAGUCCAAGAUCUCUGCGGUGAGCAAGCUGCUUUUGGCAAGUCCAAAAGCCCGAAGCCUAGCUGCUUCAACCACCAAAACGCUUAGCUUUUCAACGAAGUCCCUUCCUCAGUCUGUGGGGCAGAGUUCAAACUUGCCUCCGAAUGGAAAGAAUAUGUCCUGGUCCACUCAGUCUCUCAGCAGGAAUAGGAAUUCUGGCCUCUCCUCAAAACUGCCCUUGAGAGCUGUGAAUGGUAGAAUUUCAGAACUGCUGCAGGGAAGCACCAGUACCAGAGGAUUGCAGCUGCGCAGAAACUCAGACACCGAUGAGCGUGGUGUCAUUCACGGAGAGGAGAAGCCCCUCAUUCACCUGCUGCCUUCGCCUUACAGCAAGAUCACCCCACCUCGAAAGCCCCAUCGCUGCAGCAGUGGCCAUGGAAGUGACAACAGUAGCGUCCUGAGUGGGGAACUUCCCCCCGCCAUGGGGAAAACAGCCCUUUUCUAUCACAGUGGAGGAAGCAGCGGAUAUGAAAGCAUGAUGAGAGAUAGUGAAGCAACAGGAAGCACUUCAUCAGCUCAAGACUCUAUGAGCGAGAACAGCAGCUCUGUCAGUGGGAGGUGCCGAAGUCUCAAAAAUCCAAAGAAGCGCUCAAAUUCAGGUUCUCAGAGACGGAGACUCAUUCCAGCUUUAUCACUCGACACAACAUCUCCUGUACGGAAACCUACCAGCCCAGCAGUACGCUGGGUGGAUGGACCCCUGCGAAGUGCCCAGAGAGGAAUGGGGGAGCCCUUUGAGAUCAAAGUGUAUGAGAUUGAUGACGUGGAGAGGCUCCAGCGACGGCGCAUGGGGGACAACAAUGAGGUGAUUUGUUUCAAUGCUAAACUGAAGAUCCUGGAACACCGGCAGCAGCGAAUUGCAGAGGUCAAGGCCAAGUAUGAGUGGUUAAUGAGGGAGCUGGAAGUCACCAAACAGUACCUGAUGCUGGAUCCUAAUAAAUGGCUUACUGAAUUUGACUUGGAGCAAGUAUUUGACUUGGAUUCCCUGGAAUACUUGGAGGCUCUCGAAUGUGUGACUGAGCGGCUAGAAAACCGUGUCAACUACUGCAAGGCCCACCUCAUGAUGAUCACGUGCUUCGACAUCACUUCGAGGCGUCGGUGAAAAAGAUCCAUCUUUAAGGUUUGGGCUACUGCUGCCCCCACCCCACCCCCAUUUCUUUCUUUUGAACAGCACCCCAAAGACGCAGAAUGAGAAUGAAGGUUGGUGUCACGUUUUGACUGUUUGUGCAUGAGUGUGAGCUGAAAUGUUUUUUCCCGCUCUCUGUUAUGCCGAAGAGCAGAGCAUAAACUGGAUAGAUGAUGAGGAUGAAAAGCAAAGACGCUGAGGAAAAAAAAGGAUGUGGAUUCUCCUAGCCUGAAAGAGCACUUUGAGAAAUCUUUAAGGACAUGUUUGUACAUAGGAACUGCUGGCAGAAGUGACUUUUUCCUGAAUAAUAACGGAAGAGGGAGGCAGAGCAGGUGUAGGAAUGCCGCUGCUGAGAGCACCAUUAAAGUAAAAUACACAGAAAAACUGUCUUAAGUGCCUUGCAAACCUUUAUUAUCCAAACAUUUAUGUCCAUACGUUGUCGUGUACAGAUGGUGCUAGUCACGAAAAAGAAAAAAAGACAAAAAAUCAAUCCUUUUUGUUUCUGGAAAUGUAUUUACAACUUGUUCACUCCCCCUCUCCCUUGGUGUUUUAUCCUGUUUCUGACUUGCUGUUUCUAUGUAACUUGUGUUUAUAGAGAUAUUUCAUAACUGAUGCAGCAUAUAAGUAAAUGUUAACUGUGUUUUCUUGUUACACAUCAGAGUAAGGCCACUCAAAGGAAAAGCUCCCACAUAAACUUUCAAAAUAAUUAAGAAAAAUGGAGGAAGAAAGGUUUCCCCCAACUCUUGUUGCUAAAUAACACAGUUGUGGAUUAUCCAGCAACAGGGCAAGACUGAGCAUUGACCUCACUGAUUAAAAUGGGGUCAUUCGGGGUUUAAGCAAGCACUGAAACAAUUUUAUAUACCAAGCGUUUUCAAUAGAUGUUCAAAUGAAACAUUACAAUGGUUUCUUCCUGGGGGAUCAUUGUAGCCAUCCUGUAGUUUGUGGUACACAACUAAGUCUAUCAACUGCCCAUUCUUAAAUGGGGCUGGGGGUUCUUGUACCAGAUCUGUUCUGUGAUAGGGCUGAAAAUAAUAGGCUUGUGUAAGCUGAUCCUUGCUUGUGUGUAGGCAGGGUUCCUGAUUAAGGGAGCUCUGUAGCAGUGUUCAGCUGCUACAGAGC